AUGAGAUAAGAUUAUCAAUUAUGUGGUAUUUUUGAUGUUGAUGAAUAUGACAAAAACGUUAUUUUUGCUUUCCAAAAGAUUCAUUUCUCAAAAAAUAUUUUCAUAAAAAUCACCUCAAAUUUAGACUAGGGAGCAGAAAAUGUAAAAUAACUUAAAAAUUUAGGAAUCUUGGGAUAUUGUAAUGCCCAAAAGAAUGUAUGAUUGUUAAGAUAAUAUGAUACCAUGUGACUUUUGGAUUCAUGUUAAAUCAUUUU